CGCUUCCCCUUCAGAACGCGAGGCGAAUCCAGCAUGGCUGACACCGGGCUUUUAGAAGCGCUGCUGCGGCGGGUUGAGCAGCUGGACGGCGGCGUGGACAGUCAAGAUGUGUCCGCGGAUCUCGGUGUGGAUCAUCAGCUGGUCGUGGGCGCCGUCAAGAGUCUGCAGGCGUUGGGAGAGGUGAUCUCGGCUGAGCAGAAGUCCUCCAAACACUGGGAGCUUACAGGAGAGGGUCGCGAGAUCGCGGAGCAGGGCAGUCAUGAAGCCCGAGUGUUCAACGCCAUCCCUGCUGAAGGGCUGCCACAAAACCAGCUCAUGAAAAUGGCAAGUGGGAAGGUUGGUUUCAGCAAAGCCAUGUCCAACAAAUGGAUCCGUCUGGAUAAAGCACACGAAGGAGGACCACGAGUCUUUAGGACGGUGGAAAGCAUCGAGGAUACGGUACGCGGCAAACUACAGCUGGUGCAGAACGGACAGUCAGCUAAAUUAGAGGAGAAAGAGAAGAACGAACUCAAGAAACGCAAACUGCUGGCAGAAGUGACAGUGAAGUCUUACUGGAUCACUAAAGGUAGCAGCUUCAGUACCACCAUCACCAAACAGGAGACCGAACUGACCCCGGAGAUGAUCGCCAGUGGGAACUGGAAGGAAAAGAAGUUCAAACCAUAUAACUUUGAAGCGAUGGGUGUUGCUCCAGACUGUGGUCACCUGCACCCGCUCAUGAAGGUCCGCACGCAGUUCAGGCAGAUCUUCCUGGAGAUGGGAUUCACUGAAAUGCCCACCAAUAACUUCAUCGAGAGCUCCUUCUGGAACUUCGACUCCCUGUUUCAGCCACAGCAGCAUCCCGCCAGAGACCAGCACGACACCUUCUUCAUCUCCGAUCCAGCACUGGCUCAUGAGUUUCCUCAGGAUUAUCUGGAGAGAGUGAAGAAAGUUCAUUCUGAAGGAGGUUAUGGCUCACAGGGAUACAAAUACGACUGGAAGAUUGAAGAAGCUCAGAAGAACCUCUUGCGAACACACACCACGGCAGUCAGCGCUCGCAUGCUGUAUAAACUUGCACAGCAGGAGAAGUUCACACCGGUCAAGUACUUCUCCAUCGACAGAGUUUUCCGUAAUGAGACUCUGGACGCUACGCACCUGGCCGAGUUUCACCAAAUUGAGGGGGUGGUGGCCGAUUAUGGCCUCACGCUGGGAAACCUCAUGGGCGUCCUGCACCAGUUCUUCACCAAACUAGGAAUUACAAAAUUGCGCUUCAAGCCUGCGUAUAACCCUUACACCGAGCCCAGCAUGGAGGUCUUCAGUUAUCAUGAAGGUCUGAAGAAGUGGGUGGAGGUUGGAAAUUCUGGGGUCUUCAGGCCAGAAAUGCUGCUGCCGAUGGGCCUUCCUGAAGGUGUUUCAGUCAUUGCAUGGGGUCUGUCCUUGGAGAGACCCACUAUGAUCAAGUAUGGAAUCAACAACAUCCGAGAGCUGGUGGGCCACAAAGUGAACCUACAGAUGGUGUACGACAGCCCUAUAUGCCGACUGGACUCGUAAACGAUCCGAUCUCUUCAAUGUUACAGUGUAUUUAAGUGAAAACACACACACCCUGAACACACACAUUGCCGAUCAGGCAUUAAUUUUGAGGAUCAAAAAAAGAGUCUUUGCAUGAGGAGUGUGACAUUGAUAUAAGACCACCAUCAUAUAUAUCCCAGCCGACCGACCUCCACUGCAGUCAAAACAUCACUUGUGUGUAUUUUAGGCUCAUUAUUUGAUUUAUUAUAUCUAUUUUCCACUGAGCUUUUACUUGACAGAUUAUUUAAACAGUCAGAAUGCAAUGGAACGUCCUCAUACUGUAGAAAUGUUCAUUAAAAAUCGAUUUAAACCUCCAA